GAGCAGCACACCCCAAGCACAGGCCAUGGUUUCUUCCUAUAGUGCCCAAACCAGGUGGAGCCCACCCACUCUUCAAAUCCAGACAACAAGCAGCGGUAGUACUGACCCAGAGCAGAGUGAGUCGUCAAAAAAAAGGGAUGGAUCACACUGUCGUUAACCAUGGUCACCAGCAGCAGGCAACCAAGAGGGAUAACCCAGUGCCUCCGUCAACGUCGUCGGCUUCCCAGCAGCGAUCACAACACCCGCUGUUAGCGCCCCCCGUGACCACCGGCACUCAGAAGAACCUCCAAUCCUCCACCCCUGAUAGGUCCCGGUCCCGAUCCUCCCUUUCAUACUCCGAUUCCCAUCGUCCAGGGGCUGACAGGACAGGGAUCCAGGAACACAAGAAGAUACCAGAGGCCUGUCAAUUUGUUUGACCCCUAUAUAUGACUAAGCUAUGGGCAUGGAGGACAAUCAUUGCAGGGGGGCACGGUGGCCAACUCGAGGACACCGCGUGGCCCGAUUUCCUGCAGACACUCGCUUGCUGUUUUACGACGCCCGUUCCUACACGAGGUGAGGUCAGCUUACCUCGCACCUUUUGGGACGUCCCACCACCAGCUAACUCCCUCGCACUGGGCCGCGUCACUUGCCCUCCGGCGAGGUACCGCCCCUGCCAAUUCAAGGAAUAUGGGGCCGUUCCCGAAGGAGUGGAACGAUUCUUCCCUCGCUGUACGCUGACAUUGACCUGGAAAUGCAUACCAUCCCUGGCUCUCAUUGGCUUGAGAAAUCCAUGGUGGUUGGACACUAUUCUCCUUGAUAUGUCCGCGGAUCGACAAAUUGCUCCGAACCUUGUGGCAACGAUGUUCAUCCCUUGUACAUAUACCCAGAUUGAGCUCUAUGGUGUCCAGCAAGGCUUCGUGGGAUUUGAUCGUUCACCUGGUAUAUCCGACACCGUCGGUCCAGCUUGGAUCUCAACCCGAUAACCAUCUCCACAAGGGAGAUUGACAGAUUCCCGGUUUUGCACAUGUUAUAUUAGCAUAUCACCAAUGACAAACCCUUAGCACGGCACAAGAUACAUGCUGCAUGGUCUGAUAUAAUGUAUAAUUAUAAUCCCUAUCUGUGUAAUUUUAC